UGGAGAGACAGUGGAAGCACAGCCCUCACACCUAGAACAGCAGGACACUGAGGGAACAGUGUUAAACACCACCUCUCCUAAAGAUCCCCACUGCCCUCUGACGGCCUGUACUACUCAUCCAUCUCAGCAGGCUAACAAAGCGGGAGAUACCACUGCACCCAAGCAAGAGGGGGAUCCAGUGGAGGAAAAUCCGGUUGUGACUGGCUUCGAGGGAGAACAGGCCAUUGGAGGGGCUGUGGAGGGGGCGGGCACAGAGGAGUCAGUUCCAACCAAUCAGGAUGGUGGAGAUAGUCCACAGGAAGACCAUAGUGUGGAGUCCUCUGUCAAAGAUGACGAGGGUAGAGAAGAAGACAUCAAGACACAGAGUUUCCUCAGCUUCCCCCCACACCCACUGACUGUAGCACAGCCCCAACCCCAGCCAUCCCUACUUCCCUCCAAGGAGGUCAACGUUGAGGACGGGGACAGUCAAACCGACAAGGAAGAGGAGCAGUGUGGAGAGAAGAACCCAAAGCCCAAUAUGGAGGAGCUCAACAGUAAACAGCAGGAGGCUAUAGAUGACAGAGGUGUUUGUCUGGGUGGUGGGACGGAGGGGCCACCAGUGGAGGAGGACAGAUCUGUGGAGGAACCAGUGAAGAAGAGGAGAAGGAGAAUGGGGAUGUGUGGUCUGGGAGAGAGAGAGAGGAGAGGAAUAGGGGAGCAGUGGCAGAAGGAACGAAAGAGUGUGACGGAAGGAGGGAGGGAGGGAGAAGAGAUGGUGCUGGUGAGGAAAGCGGAGGAGGAGAAAGUGGAGAAAGAGAGAGAGGAGGACAUCGGGCAGAGUGGUGAUAGUGGUGGUGGUUGUGCCAACCUGGUGGCUGUAGAGGGAACUACGGCAGCGUCAUCCUCUGAUCCGUCCCUCCUUUCAUUCAUCCCUCCAUCUGCUCCUCUGGGGAGUACCACUGAGCAGAGGAAGGAAGAGGAGAAGGAAGAGGGGGAGAAGUUAGAUGAGGAGCAGCUUCAGUCAGGGGGAGAGGCCAGCCAUGCAGACCCCAGCGAAGUGGCUUAUUCUGGGACAGAGCAGGUCACAGGAGAGGGUCUCCGGACUGGUCUGGAGGUGGACCCACUGAGUGAGCAGCCUGUGGUGUUGGUGGAAGAAGAGCUAGACACAGAGGAGGUUGUGGAGAAGAACCAGGAGGGGGACAGGGGGCUGUGGGUCUAAUGAGCCAGAGGAGAGCCCCCCUAGGGCCCCUACACCAUCCUCCACCACCACCCCUACCUCUAUCCCUCUGGAGGCUGGGACAGAGAGGGAGCACCAUGGAGAGAUUCAGAGCUCACCUACCCAGAGAGAGGGGGGGGCUGAAGAUGGGACUGGGACUGUGGCCGACCCCCGGGCACUCAUUCUGGCCCCGGCUGACAGAGGAGAGUCCACCAAUGCUCCCCCCACAAAGCCAGGUCCUGGAAGGGAGGGGCACAACCAGGCUCCAGUGACACCUGGUGGCUCGGAGGAGAACAACCACUCCACCACCCCAGACCUGACCAGAGACAACGAUGAUGCUGCUGUCGUUGAUCCGUUUGGAGUGCUGCCUCUGGACGACCUGUCUGACUCUCAACUCAACACCAUCACUCUGAC